UUAGUGCAAUUAUAUGUUCUAACCUACAAAUAUGUCGGACACAGAGCUCUUUUUUGAAGAAGAUAUUAGCAUUGAUCGAGAGCUAAUUGCUGUGGUUCGAGCAAAUCGGUUUUUAUACGACAAGACUGAAAAGUUGUAUGCCAAUGGAGACGUAAAAACCGAAGCAUGGAAGCAGGUUGGCGCGAGCCUAACUAAUCCAAUAGAAGGUCCUGCUGCCGAGAAGAGAUUUUAUGUUCUGAGACAGCGCUUUGGGAAAGAGCGGAGAAAAAUGGUGCAGUCCAUGCCAAGAUCUGGAGCUGGAGCAGACCAGUUUACAUACAAAUCAAUGUGGCCAUUAUACAAGGACCUCAUAUUCUUGGAGGAUAUUAUCAAACCUAGAAAAACCUCGUCCAACUACAAGUCCAAAGUUGUAAAUAGUGAAGCGUCAGUAUGUCGUACAACUACCUCAUUACCAUUUACAUCUGCUCCUUCUGAUGGUCAUAUGACAGUGCACACGAUUUAUCCUUUCUCUUCUCAGUCUGCUGCAGCAAGUUCAGACAUGUCCAGUUGGAAUUCAGAUUCAUUAACAAAUCUUAUAGGUACUGACAAGAGUUUCACAGAUACAUCUGAAAACUCCUUUUUGCCACUUCCUACAUCAUCUCCUUCAACAUCACCUUCAGUUAGAUCAGACUUUGGAAGUAAUAAUACAGUUGUACAGGCGCAAAAAGCUAUAUCCAGCAUUAAUACUAAGCGCAAAGUGCCCACACCUGAUUCAUUUGCGAACAAAAAACGGCAAGAAGUAGAUACUAUCAAUAAGACUUUAAUCGAACAGAGUAAAGGAUUGACAGACCUUGCAGCAAAGAUUGGUAAAGCAAUAACGGUUCCACCACCAAAUGUUCCGCCAGCAAUAGUCAGUGAUGCAUUUUCUGAUAUUAAGCCCAUGCUGAGUGCCAUAGGAUUUGCACUAGGAGUAAGAACGAAGCAAGCCAAACUCCGACGAGGAGUUCAAGUGAAUCCUUCUCACAGGGAGAGAAAUACCACGCUGCGUAAAGUACCGGUCAACCUGAAGACCAUACAGAAACGACCUCAGAACGAGGCCAAAAGCCCGUGCCGGCAGACGCUCCGCAAUCAAGUCCGGAAUCUCUUCGGCACGGACAGCGAAGAUAACCGGGCGGAGGAGUUAAGCAUACACGCUCCGAGCUCGCCGUCGUCAAUGUGA